AUGGCGUUAAAGAUCAUGUGCUUGUUCUUAGCCCUAGCAGUAGUGGUCUAUGGUACUCCAUACGGAUAUGGUAAUCAAGGCCAGGGAGCUGGUGGUAAUUUAGGACCUAAUCAAGGUGGAUCAGCUGGUUUCGGCCCUGGUCAGUCCGGACCUGGUGGAUAUGGGUCUAGUCAAGGAGGACCGGGUGGAUAUGCACCUGGACAAGCAGGACCCGGAGGUGUCUAUCCAGGUCAAUCUGGUGGUGGUUAUGGUAAUGCCCAAUCUGGUGGGGGGGCUGGUUAUGGCCAAGGCUCCUUCCCGGGUCAAGGAGGCCAAGGUGGAUACAAGGAUCGUGGAUAUUAG